AUGUUUACUUGUUAAAAAAAUGGUUAUAAUGUUAAUUUGAUAAGGAACAACCAAAAAGGUGAUUUUAUAACAUUAUAAUCUAUUCAUUUUGGAACUAAUAAUCUAUUUGGAUAGAUGAGUAAAGAUGGAGAGUAUUUGAUUCCUUGGGAUGAUAAAUCAAACAAACUUAAAUUAGAAAAUAUGAUUACGAUUGAACAAGAAUCAAUUAUUAUUCCAAUCAUUAUCAUUUUAUUAAUAUUCUUUAUCAUAAAUUCUUAUUUUUAUUUACAUUUUUGUAUCACAUUUUGA